UAAAGAACACCUUUGCAGUCACUGCGGAGAACCGCAUAUGUGGGAAAAAUGUCCAAGCCGACUCUCAAAUAAACCGCCAUCAUGCAGGAAUUGCUUGAGGAUACAGGGUGUUAGCACUGACACCGCACACAAUGCCUUUAGCGACGUCUGUCGAGAAAGACAAAAAUGGGACGCUAUAGCACGAUCUCGCAUAGCGUAUUGCUAAGGUUGACCAGGCGCAAAGAAGUGGGACUCCCUCAGGUUUGAGCAGCAGCAGAAUGCACAUCAUCCAGGCAAAUCUGCAUCGCUCUAAGCUAGCAACCAUUGAAUUAAUACAAGCGGCGGCAAGGAAGGGUAUAUCAUUGGCUCUUGUCCAAGAACCUUAUGUAGGAAAUACCGGUGAAAUGAAACAAUACCCUGGCGCAAGAAUAAUUCAAUGCACCAUUAAUCGACAGAAGCCUGUAAAAGCGGCUGUAAUAGUCUUUUCGGAUCGGCUGAGGGUUAUACACGAUCCUCAGCUGGUAACGGAAACCGAAGCAGCCGUACUGGUGACUUCAGGUAGCUUGCAGCUUGGAGUGAUAUCUGUUUACCUUGAGGGAGAUCAGGAUAUAAAUCUCAAUCUAGUACGCUUAAAGGAAUCCAUACCAAAAUUAAGAACAAAAAACCUCAUCGUAGCUGGAGACGUGAAUGCCUGGAGCCCUUGGUGGGGUAGCAGCUAUGAAAACCAAAGAGGAGCAGACUAUAACUCGUUCCUCAACGAGAUGGACCUCCACAUACUUAAUACAGGAGAUACACCAACAUUUGAAGCACUCAGACGGGACCGAUUUUACACAAGUAUAGUGGAUGUUACAACCUGCAGUACAUCUUUGCUGGCUAGAGUUGAAAAUUGGACAGUCGACAGAGGCCUUACAACUUCCGAUCACAACGCCAUUACCUUUGACUUGCAGUUGCAAAAGGAACUGGAAAUUAUAAAACCGGUAACAACGCGUAUCUAUUACACCAAAAAGGCCAACUGGAAUCAAUUUAAAUCUCAAUUAAGAACUUCUCUGUCAGAGAAAAAGAUAACUCCACAAAAAAUCAUGAGUGUCCAAUCAUCUGGGGAACUAGAAACCAUGGUCACAGCUUACAUCAACGCCAUCACAGAAGCAUGUGAAAAAGCUAUUCCCAAAAUAAGGGCGAAGAAAGGGAAAUGUAAGCCCCCAUGGUGGACAGAUUCCCUGGAGGAUCUAAAGACUGAUGUGCUUCGAAAAAAAAGGAGGAUAAGGAACGCAGCUCCCUCUCGCAAACAGUUCGUCAUUGACGAAUAUAUACAGGCAAAGGAAGCAUACACGUCAAAGGCAGAUGAGGAACAAACAAGGAGUUGGAAGGAGUUUUGCACAACGCAAAAGAUGAAAAGUAUGUGGGACGGAGUGUACAGAAUCAUCAGGAAAACAACAAAACAUCAAGAGGAUGCUCUCUUAAGGAACGCUGAAGGAGCAACUCUCAGUCCGGCUAAAUCAGCGGAACUGCUGGCGAAAACUUUUUACCCUGAUGAUUCUGAAAAUACCGAUGAUUCCCACCAUGCUGCCCUUCGAAAACUAGCGGAUGGGAGGAACCUUGACGAAAUAACGGAGCUUUCGGAGAAUGAUCCUCUCUUUUCUCAGGCUGAGGUGGAUUUAGUGCUUAAUGCACUAAACUGUAAAAAAGCCCCAGGAACUGACGGCCUGACGGCUGACAUUUGCACAGCGGCUAUCCAGUGUGAAAGGGAGCUGUUCCUAGCCAUAGCCAACACAUGCUUGGAACGAGCACACUUCCCAACACAAUGGAAAUCUGCGCACGUCAUAAUACUCCGGAAGCCAGGCAAGGAAGACUACACCCAUCCAAAGUCAUACAGACCAAUAGGACUCCUAUCCGUAUUUGGCAAAAUAGUGGAGAAAUUGAUGAUAGGGAGAAUUCAGUGGCACAUCUUUCCAACUCUGCAUAAAAACCAGUAUGGAUUCCUUCCUCAACGAGGAACAGAAGAUGCUCUCUAUGAUCUGGUGGAACGAGUUAAAACCGAGAUCGAUUCCAAAAACAUCGUUAUAUUGGUAUCGCUAGACAUAGAGGGUGCCUUUGAUAACGCCUGGUGGCCUUCUUUAAAACAACAAUUAAUAGCCAGGAAGUGUCCUAGGAACCUGUACGCCCUGGUAAACUCCUACCUCAGUGAACGUAAGAUCAAGGUUAAUUAUGCCGGAGCUAGUAGCGAAAAGGGGACGAACAAAGGUUGCGUCCAAGGGUCGGUAGGGGGACCAACCUUCUGGAAUCUUAUCCUUGAUUCGUUGCUUCACAGACUCACCAGUGAGGGGGUUUAUUGCCAGGCGUUCGCAGACGACGUGGUUCUCUUGUUCUCAAGCCAUAAGGUAAGCGUCUUGGAGCAGUCUGUAAACAGUACCUUGGAAAUAGUAACGACCUGGGGGGCUAGUAACAAGCUUAAAUUCGGGGCAAGCAAAACCAACGCGAUGCUGCUGACAAGAAAGCUCGCUUUUAGCCCUCCAGACCUUUACAUGUCGGGCACCAGGCUAAACUUAGUGGACCAGAUAAAGCUCUUGGGCCUUACCAUAGAUAGAAAACUAACUUUUAAACCCCAUAUAUCCGAAACGUGUAAAAAAGCUGCAGAUAUUUACAAACAGCUAGCACGCGCGGCAAAAGUGACAUGGGGACUAAAUGGCGAGAUAACGAGAACAAUCUACGUCGCGGUCAUUGAGCCGAUUGUGCUUUACGCUGCGAAUGUAUGGGCCCCAGUAACCGAGCUGGAGUUGAUUAAAAAACAACUAAAUGCUCUCCAGAGGGGAUUCGCACAAAAGAUCUGUAGAGCUUAUCGCACAGUGUCGCUCACGUCAGCAACGGUAUUGUCAGGUACAAUCCCACUCGACUUAAGAGUUCAGGAGAGUGCUAGUUUGUAUCGAACAAAAAGAGGUUUCUCUCAUGACUACCUACCACCCGGGAAGGAGCUCGAGAGGGAUGUCCCUUACCUGGACCAGCCACAUCCCUCAAAACUAAUCUCAAUAAAUUAUGAGCUCCUGGAGAAUGAUGGCUCGGAAUCCUCUCUCAUCGGUGAAAUUGCCGGCCCUCAUAUUUACACAGAUGGCAGCAAAAUUGAUGGGGGAGUCGGGUCCGCCUUGACUUGGUGGGAGGGGGGGCGCGAGUCAGCGUUUUCCAAAUUUAGUCUAGACUCUUCCUGCACAGUCUUUCAAUCCGAACUGUAUGCGCUGAAUAGAGCCACCAAAAUGGCAGAAGACAAUAGAGAGAGUAGAGUAAAUAUUAUGAGUGACUCUAGAUCCUCACUCGAUGUCUUAAAAAAUCCCAGGGUGACCCAUCAGUUGGCCAAAGGCAUAAAACAGUGUAUUGAAAACAUCAGGGAGCAGGGGAGAGAGGUUCGAUUUUACUGGUUAAGAGCCCAUGUUGGAACGGCUGGAAACGAGAGAGCAGACGAACUAGCCAAAGCCGCUGCUAAAACAAAAGAUAACACCACGGCAGACUACUGUAAAGUACCCAUGUCCUAUGUCAAAAAGAAAAUAAGAGAUGAGACCAUCCGAAAGUGGCAGGACAGGUAUACCACCUCCACUACUGGGCAGGUCACGAAGUCGUUUCUCCCGAAUGUCAAUGAGGCAUAUCGUUUAGUGAGAUCGACAAAAUUGACACCUGCCCAAGUACAAGCGUUGACUGGACAUGGAGGGAUCGCUGAGUACCUGCAUCGGUUCAAAUUGAAAGAAAGUGCAGGUUGCGAAUGCGAUUCAACUAUCAGUGAGUCUGUAUGGCACAUUAUUCUCGACUGUCCUCGUUUUCUGGCCGCCAGAACCAACCUAGAACAUCAGAUCGAUGCAAACUUGGAUGCCUCUAAACUGAGCUCUAUCCUAACUGACGACACUAAAAGACCGCACUUCCUGGAAUACAUAGAUAUCAUCUUUCGCAGGGCGGCUGAAAGAAACAGCACGCUAAAAAACAGAAACCCAGCAACAACCAACCUGGACAGUCAAACAAGUUCGACCACGGCAGUAUCCGGGAUUUCCCGUGCAACGAUAACCGAUCUGCCUACAAUUGGUGAACGGCAAAUUCUCCUUCAUGGGGAACACGGUGCCAAGGGUAUACGGAUUCGGGGGGUUGCCUUGUUUAUGAGUACCGGUAGCGAAAGACUGGGGAUCGCCUUCUGCAAUACCGCACAUCAGAAAUGGCUAACAAUCUCGCCAGGCCUUGCCUCCCUUCUGAAUGGCAGCACUUUUAAAACAAGCAUGAGGCGCAGAGUUUUCGAAGCACUGCCAGAAAUAAAACUGGUGGGUCAAAGCUGUCGACUGUUGCGAACGCGCAACAAAACAAUAGCAAUGUUUUCCGGCGUUGACGCGAUGACCUGCUUCGAACAGGCAUGUAAGGUGUUGUCCGGUAUAGGCAAGUGGGGUCAAGUAGAGGGCGUACAGUCAAGGGUUAUCAGCGUGGAUGCUGCAGUGGUGGCUUCCGAGAAGGGAAAGAUAGCGGAUCUCAUGGGCUGUGUUCAGGCUUCCGAAUAUCAUGAAGUCAUCGUUUAUGAGGCUAGGGGUGAAGACCUUAGCUUCCUCAGAAAACCAGUCCAGGAUCCGCCAAGCGUUGGUUCCCUAAGUGGUUCGGAGCGUUUGCAGCAAAGGCAUUUGGAACAGAGUGCUCUGCAACAACAGCAACGAAACGCUGAAAGACAACAUAAGGAACGAGCCUCGCGAAGUAACCUGUGGGCAAUAACAUCAGCCAUAUGUACGGCUGCGGGCAUUAUUUCAUCACCUUUCAGAAGGGGAGCGUCCGGAUCCGCUCACGGGGGAAGUCACGUUGCUCAAGCACAUUCUACUCAAUCCAGGUCACCACCAACAAGAGCUGCAAUGGGUCAUGUCUGUCCACCGAAGCUUCGCCAUGCUGCCACACCUAGGGACCAUAUCAUAAACGCUUUCCUCGAGUUUAUCGCAGUAAUAGAAGCAACAAAGCAAGUAAAUCAACGCACUUGCAAAACGAUCCUGCAGGCUUACCUGCAGGGUAACGAGCUCUUACUGAACGAUAGACUCGAGGCAGCGGAAGCAGUCAUAUACGACAACAGUACGUCGAAAGUAUUGAGAGGAGCUUCGAUAAGUCGUAGUAUGGCAGCUUACAACGCUACCGCAGGAUUUGUGUCUCUAGACGAGAAGGAGUCGGAUCAACGCGGAGUUGUGAAAUUUAGGACUCCUCCCGAAGACUCCUUAGUGGUGGUUGCUAGGUGCACCAGGAUAAUGCUGGACGAUGGGAUUCUGAAAAUGGCAAAAUCCAUUUCUGAAUCUGGACCGGAAGGCGUUCUCUUUGGGGGUUGGGACACCCCGACGUUUCACUGGACAAAUGGUGUACCAGGAUGCGGCAAAACUACCUGGAUAAUCGACCAAUUCGAAGCGGAAAGCGAUUUAAUCGUCACCACAACAACUGAAGCGGCAAAUGACUUAAGAGACAAACUAUCCUGCCGAAUCGGGGGGAUGGUCAAAUCAAAGGUCCGAACAAUGGCAUCCAUUUUGGUGAAUGGAUUCAAAGAGCAAGAGAGCUGCCAUCGAAUGAUGGUAGAUGAGGCUCUCAUGAAUCACUUUGGGGCCAUUGUGAUGGCAGCUAGAAUAACUCAGGCUAAAGAAGUCCUGCUGAUUGGUGACGUGAAUCAACUUCCCUUCAUUGACCGCGACAACCUCUUCCCCCUCAUUUACACCCGCCCUACGCACAUCGUGGCUAUAAGCCAGGAACUUCUCUGCACUCACAGAAACCCAAUGGACGUAGCAUAUGCUCUUGGUGCUGUGUACUGUGGUAUUUACUCGGCUAGGUCGAAUGUGAGAUCCCUUGACUUAAAAAGUUUCUCAGGAACGCAGAUCCCAAAAUCUUCACCGAACACGUUAUACCUAGUACAUACCCAGGCAGAAAAGGAAUCCCUAAAAAACCAGGGAUACGGUUCAGGUGCGGGAUCACGCGUACUCACGGUACACGAGGCCCAGGGGCUAUCGUGCGCGGCAGUGGUAGUUGUGAACACAGCGCAGAGGAAACAGCGGAUACACGACAGCGUACCGCAUGCCGUCGUAGCUAUAUCUCGUCACACUGACAGCUGUGUUUACUACACGGAUGUCAGUGACGACGCGAUCAGCAAAUUCAUCAGACGAGCGGCGGGUGAGAGUGAACAGGGGAUCCUGGACUACAAUCUUAAAAUGGCAAUCAGGAAUAGGGACGCGACGGUUGUCGGCGCUCUUUUGGGCGGGGAGGGCUCGCUCUAGGCUUGAGCUGUGUUGCUGGGACGAUGACAUUAUCGUGUUUAUUAAAACUGCCUCAAUGUUAUGUUAUUGCAGACACUAAGAGUGUAAUAACAUAAUAUCAAGGUAAACAUUAACUUAACUACUUUGUGUGUGUUUGUGUUGCAAAUCAACGUAAUUAUUAUAAAAUUAUUAAUUAUAUUUAUAUUGAUAUUGAGUAAAAUCUCUAACAAUAAUUAUUGUAGAUGUAACUCUACUUAUAAGACUGACAAAUUGCACUGGCACUGCUGGAAUCGGCUUACUGCCGCGUGAGCGGAGACGUCAUGCAUUCCUAAAUGCUCUACAGUCGGUGGCGCUGUGGGCUGGGUCGCUCCGUUCCCUACAUAAUGGUCGAUCGGACCGAUUGCUGGCCCACAAGUCAUGCUCGUGAACGGGUGCCUUCUGCUGGAGCAGGUCGGCUCGCUCACCGUGCUGGUGGGUUGAUCCUGCAGGUCCAGUGUAAUGCAAGUAAUGUUAUAAGAUCUUAUGUAUUGUAUAAUGAAUAGUGUUGUUGUAGCAUGUAAUAUUAUUGUCAUAAGUUUUAGUAUUAGUAUAAUUAUAGAAAAUUGAAUAACAAGGGCACGGACUCGAGUCCGUGGA